AUGUCCUUACUUUUGAUGCUGAGGGCCGUGCCAUUGACAUUGAGGUUUGGGUCGAUGACCUUCAGCUGUUCCUCCAGUGCGAUAGGGCAGACGGCCUCUCUCUUCACCCGGCUCCCUGACUCUCUCCGCGUAGUCGGGGACCACUUCCUCUCAGUUUGCCCCACCACUCUCACCGUUGACCUCCUCGAGAAGGGCCUCCUCGCAGCGGAGAAGAGAAGAGUUGCUGUAGGAGCCUCUCAAGGUGACCCUCGCAAACCCCCGUCUUUGAGGGGUGUUCUCCCUCCCCCCUCUUGCCCUCUGUUGCCUCUGCUGCUGCGGCCGACCUCGUUGGUUUCGAGUCGGUCGGCGUUGCGUCUGCCCCGAGCGGGAGACGCCGCACCGGCAAGGGCAAGGGGGGCAAGGGCGCUGGAGGGGCUGGCGGGGGCGGUGGAGGUGGUGGUGGAGGCAGUGGAGGGGGUGGGGGUGGUGGUGGGAGUGGUGGUGGGGGUGGAGGUGUCGGUGGCAGCAGUGGAGGCGGAGGAGGCGGCGGCGGUGGCGGAGGGAGCAGAGGCGGCGGAGGCGGUGGAGGCGGUGGAGGCGGCGGAGGUGGCGGAGGCGGCGGCGGCAGCAGUGGACCUGGUCGCGGCUCUGCGCAGAGGAGUGGCUCCGGUGGUGGUACGCGCCAGCAGCAGCAGAGCAGUCGUGAGACCCUGUCCCCUCAGCAGCUUCGUGAGUGGUACGCUGCGCGUCAGCGCGGUGGGGGUACGGGUCCCUGCACCUACGUUCUCCGCACCGGCGACCGCGCUGGUGAGCAGUGCGGGGGCCCGCACUCCACCCAGCGCUGCUUCGGCCGCCUGA